UUUAUGACUUUUUAGCCCACAAUGUUUUGCUUAAAUAUAUAUUUUUCAAAACAAUUGUUUAUUAAAGUCUUUGUAUUUACUAGAGUUAAUGAAAUCAGCCUAGAUCCAAUUCUCACAUAACUACUUGUUUGGUGUUUAUUAUUGAAUAACCAUCUCAUCUGAUGCCUGUUUUGGUAUAUCGAGGGAAUGGUGCAGGUGCCCACCACAUUAUAUAUAGUUCAGUUCCCCGACAUUUCUAAACUGCAACCGCGGAGCACAUAUUUUGCAUACUUUUUCACAAUUAUACUCAUAAUUAUAUUUUUGAAACUUCUGUACGCGUAUUGUAUGAGCAAAUACCGCACAACCGAUUCAUUCAUUGAAUUGGACGGACAGGUGAGCAGUCGACAGAGUAGUGUCUAUAAUAUGGAAGUACCCGUUAAUGUUAGGACACCCGUCCGAAGCGGUUCCCAGUUAUCGCUAAAUCCGUCGGAAUUCUCAUUGCCUCCUAAGUAUGAAUUACCGCCCAGUUAUUCACAGGCAGUUUCAUCCCUUUCCAUCAAUAAGUAUUAA